GUCUAUCUUCUCGAAUUCCUGCGCACAUGAGACCCAAAGGUGGUGGACGGCUGGCACCAUGGGCGAAAAAGGCAGCUGCGGCAGCUGACGAUGCUGCUGAUGAGGCAGCUGACGGGGCCGCUGAUGAGGCAGCUGAUGGGGCAGCUGAGGCGCCAUGUACAUCUAACGGGUCAAAUGCGCAGUCACCUGCCGCGAACUCACGAGGUGAAGCGGAGGAACAGGUCACAGCUGAUACAGCUGAUGCAUCCGCGGAUGCCGUUCCCACAGCGACACCAACACCAAGCGAUACGGAUCCCCCUGAUGAUGCAGCUAGCUCGGGCGAAACAAGGUGA